GCGCCCCGGUCCCGCCGACGGCAGCCUCGCCUGAAUGGCUGAAUCUGAAUCCAUGGCUUGAUUCGACUUGCUCCAUCGCCAAUACACAUCUCCCCAGCUCGCUAUGCUCGCGGCGUGGCGCACGAUCACAUGGCCAGGCAAGCUCUGAAGAAGCUCGGCACCGGACCACCAGAUGCCAGAGAGGAGAUCAUCCGCCUCUGCUCUAGUGGCCGCCUCAAGGAUGCUCUGCACCACCGCUUCCGUGAGGUCCUCUGGUCGGAACCCAACCUCUUCUCCCACCUCUUUCGGGCCUGCCGCUCCAUCCCGCUCCUCCGCCAGCUUCACGCCUUCGCCGCCACGUCGGGCGCCGCCGCCGACCGGUUCACCGCAAACCACCUCCUCCUAGCUUACGCCGACCUCGGCGAUUUCCCCACCGCGCACAAUCUGUUCGAGAGAAUACCAAAGAGGAAUGUCAUGUCCUGGAACAUUCUCAUCGGGAGUUACAUCAAGAAUGGUGACCUGGAAAACGCGCGGAAGCUGUUCGACGAAAUGCCCGCGAGGAACGUCGCGACGUGGAAUGCCAUGGUCGCCGGACUCACCAACUCGGGACUCAACGAGGAGAGCUUGGGCUUCUUCUUUGCCAUGCGGAGGGAGGGCAUGCAGCCUGAUGAGUUUGGCCUCGGGAGCUUGUUCCGGUGUUGUGCUGGGCUCAGGGAUGUUGUGUCCGGGCGGCAGAUCCAUGCAUAUGUUGUGCGGGCUGGACUAGACAAGGACAUGUGCGUUGGGAGCUCGCUGGCACACAUGUACAUGCGGUGUGGUUUUCUUGAAGAAGGGGAGGCUGUUCUUCGAGUGCUGCCGUCGCUUAACAUAGUGUCAUGCAAUACCAUAAUUGCUGGAAGAACGCAGAAUGGAGACUCAGAGGGUGCGUUCGAGUUUUUCUGCAUGAUGAGAGGUGUUGGCGUGGAAGCAAAUGCGGUCACAUUCGUGAGUGCCAUUAGUUCUUGCUCGGACUUGGCAGCUCUUGCACAAGGUCAGCAGGUUCACGCACAGGCUAUCAAAGCUGGAGUCGACAAAGUUGUGCCCGUCAUGAGUUCUCUUGUGCAUAUGUACUCUCGAUGUGGGUGCCUAAGUGACUCAGAAAGAGUUUUCUUUGGGUAUAGUGGUACAGAUCUUGUGCUGUGCAGUGCGAUGAUCUCAGCUUAUGGAUUCCAUGGGCAUGGACAAAAGGCAGUGGAUCUGUUCAAACAGAUGAUGGCUGGAGGGGCAGAACCCAAUGGGAUUACUUUCUUGACCUUGCUAUAUGCAUGCAGCCAUAGUGGUCUGAAAGAUGAAGGCAUGGAUUGUUUUGAGCUUAUGACUAAAACUUAUGGACUGCAGCCAAGUGUUAAACACUACACUUGUAUUGUGGAUCUUCUUGGACGUUCGGGUCGCCUAAACGAAGCUGAGGCCCUUAUCCUGUCAAUGCCUGUGCGUCCUGAUGGGGUCAUAUGGAAGACACUACUGUCUGCUUGUAAGAUCCAGAAAAAAUUUGACAUGGCCGAGAGGAUUGCAGGACGUGUCAUUGAGUUGGAUCCUCAUGAUUCUGCCUCGUAUGUUCUUCUGUCAAAUAUUCGAGCUACCAGCAGCAGAUGGGAGGACGUCAGUACGGUAAGAAAAACCAUGAGGAAACAUAAUGUGAGGAAAGAGCCUGGUGUUAGCUGGGUGGAGUUUAAGGGUCAGGUUCACCAAUUCUGCACUGGAGAUAAAUCACAUACAAGGCAACGAGAGAUUGAUGAAUGCUUGGAAGAAAUGAUGGCCAAAAUCAGGCAAUAUGGGUAUGCACCGGACAUGAGCAUGGUGUUCCAUGAUAUGGAGGAUGAGGAGAAAGAAGUUAGUUUGGCUUACCACAGCGAGAAGUUGGCUAUAGCAUUUGCUUUUCUGAGCUUACCUGAAGGAGUUCCUAUCCGUAUUAUGAAGAAUCUACGCGUGUGUGAUGAUUGCCAUAUAGCUAUUAAGUUGAUGUCUAAGGUAACUGGACGGGAGAUUGUGGUCCGAGAUGUAAGCCGUUUUCACCAUUUCAAAGAUGGAAAAUGCUCUUGUGGAGAUUAUUGGUGACAGGGGUAGAGUGCCAUGGAAAUACCUUUUGCCUCAGUUGAGUUAAGAAGACUUCCAGCUCUAAAUUAUCAAGAGGUACACCUGUGCAAGGGGCGAAGCUAGGUAGAAGGCACUAGGUGCCCAGGCACCCACGAAAAAAACCAAAAGUACUUAUGCAAUCAAAUUUUCACCACUUAUACACCCUCCAAAUUAGGAGCUAUGCAUCCCCAAGCAAGCUUAGAGCAAUGUAGUGCUAAUGGUGCUCCCCCCUCAUAUUCGCUCUAGCUUCACCCCUGCCUGUGCAAACCAUAAAUUUGUUAAUUUAUCAUUUCCUCAAUUAUUGGUUUAAUAAAUGAUGCGAAAAGAUUAUCAUACCACUGAAAAUCCCUUGUCCUUUUUUUAUAGCCAAUCUUUUAUUGUCCUCUAUCUUCGAGCAACUUUGAGCUACAGCUACUGCUAGGGAUGUUGAUGGACAGGCCUAUCCACAAAUUCACUCAUCCCACAUGACCUGACGUAUUGAUGAGCUCUGUGAGUUCUGUGAGUUUUGGAACAUGAGCACAACCCAAUGACCUGAUGUCGGGUUGAGAAGGAGCUCAUCAAGAUCAUUGUAAUAGGGCUACAAACUCUUAUAAACUUGUCGUCCUGUUUUGCAGUGCAUAUGAACAGGGGUUUUGUCCCUAGAAUUCUAAAAAAAAUGAGUGCCGGGUAUUUCAUAUAAAUUCUGCACAAGGUUUGGUUUGGGGUGAGUUAUUCAGGUCCUAAAUACAAUUCCUCUCUUUGGAACUAGGAUUUAUUGCAUUCACCCCAGCAUUUUGGAAUUUGUUGUGCUCGUCUAUCAAGUUAAAAAGAAAAAAAGCUACAUGCUGACAUGGUCUUUCAGUUCAACAAUCACAACUUCUGUGCUUUUUGCACCUGGUAUGCAAAUACGAUCAAGUGGUCCACAUUUCCAUCUUUCGUGAUA